UUUUUUAGAACGAAUUUGAUCUGUUUUUACAAAUUAACUCUUCAUUUCUGACAGAUAGCAACAGAAAAUCUCAUUAUCAGUUACUGUACGUUCUUUAUCGUGAGGCGUUCAAGGCCCGUCUUGGUGGGAGUGACUAUGUUAAUCAGCAUCAAACGGAAACAGGCAAAGUGCUGGGGCAUCACUCGUCUGAUUGGGUGCCUUUGUUCUUUCAAAUCGAGGUGUCCUCUCUUCUUUAUUGGCACCAACGGGCCUCUUGGGGAGAAGACAACUUUUACAGUAGGCUAGUGCUGUACUCCUGCAUGGACUUUCAAACUGCGGGGAUAAUGGAGUAAUAGCUAAUAUAAGGAAAGAUGGCCUGUCAGAGACAUGAUAAACCAAACAGACUUAGGGAUGAGCUGAGCUGCAUGCUGGUUGGUGAUGGAGCUGUGGGGAAGACUAGCAUGAUCAUCAGUUACAUCUUCAAUGGAUACAACAGCGAGUACAGACAAACAGCUUUUGAUGUUUUCACUGGUUUGGUUCAUGUGAAUGGAAUCCCAACUCGUAUGAAACUGAUAGAUACUGCUGGACAGGAGGAGUUUGACCACCUUCGCUCUCUGUGCUAUGCCCAUGUGGACGUCUUCAUCCUCUGCUUCAGCCUGGUCAACCCCGUCUCCUUUGACAACAUCACCUCCAAGUGGAUCCCACAGAUCCGAGCCGGCAACCCGACCUCUCCCAUCGUACUGGUUGGAACUCAGUCAGACCUUUGCCACAAUGUGGACGUCCUUAUUCAUCUGGACCAGCGGAGCAACAAGCCAGUGCCCUUCAGCCGGGCCAGAAGGCUGGCACACAGGAUCAGAGCUCAUGACUAUGUGGAGUGUUCAGCUCUGACGCAACACAACCUCAAAGAUGUGUUUGACUGUGCUAUAUUUGCUGCCACCAAGCAAAAGCACACUGGCAAAACAUCUAAAAAGCUCAGCCUGCUCAAACGUUUAAAGACUUUUUGUGAUUGUGGAUGGAGGAAAAUCUUCAGAUUCAUCUGAUGUGGAAUCAAAUAGUAGAUUGAAUGUACUCUGCUCAGUGGACACAGUGUGUUUGGGGAUUCUUAUCUAAAUAUUUCUCUACAGGAUGUGAAUUGUGCACUAAAACCACAUAAUUUGAGAUCACUGACAACCUGCAUUGCAAUAAGAAGGAUACAUUUUCAGUUCUUUUUCAUCUUCCCUUUCCUUUGUUUCAUGUUUUAUUUGCUGUUGUUUAUAUUUUUGUGUAUGUGUGUUAAAGGUUUGUAAUAAAGGCACUACAGUGUAACACAUAGACUAUUUCAUUUCCUGGUGCUGUGUUUUUUCUUAAAGAAUUGCUUUAAUGAAUGGAUCUGAAAACAUACAGUCUGUAGAUCCUGCAGUGGAAGGUACUGUCAGUGAAGAAAUGGAGGGAAAACACAAAGUGCCAUUUGAGACAAAUGGUCACCUGCUGAUACUUUGAAGUGCUACUUUACAAGACAAAAGCCAUUUAAAUCCAUCCUCUAUUUGAAAGCUUAUGCUGAGGCAUGUUACCACAGUUACUUUUAAAACA